CCCAAUUAAACCAAACACACUGACAUGAGAUGAAAGCUUUCAACUUGAUGUAGAUAUAAAGACUCAAUUGUUGACAAGUUCCAGGCAUCAAAAGCCAAGGGUACUUUUAAAGUAUAAACUGGAAAACAGUUCCAUCAGUCUGGACUCCGCACCAAUACGUCAAGUACGGAACACUGUUGCUAAAUCGUUGUCAGACAGACAAACCCCUUCAAGCAAUAGAAAACCAAAAUGCUCCAAUCUCAUCCGCCUUGCCACCCACAGAGAGUUGUCUACCAGCAAUCAGGAUGGGACCCUAACAUACAGUAUGUCCAACCAGAGGGAACACCUAGGGGUCACAAUAUAGCAACAAACAGAUCUUAUGAGCCAAUCACAAGACUCAAUUCAUAUCAUGUGACCACAACUACAGAAUCAAACAAUCAGCUCAAUUCUCAUUACAUUGUCAGAAAAGUUCAGCCAAGCAGAGAGGUCAAUUCUCAUCACAUGAUCAGAACUGGUCAGCCAAUCAAUGGUGUAUAUGCAAGUCAUGUGAUGCAUACAGGUGGCACUCCACAGUUCAGAGGUCAGCCAGCACCACAAUACAAACUUGGCCCAGGGAUGGUGAUUUCACGUCGCUUAAUCACAGCCCCACAAGGAAAGAUCCCAAAACGCUAUAUAAUCACACGACUACCAGAGCAACAAAAUCCCAUGGACAAUCAACAAGAAUCACCAUAUGAAAUGUUCAACAGAUCGUUAGAGAAAACAUCAAAAUGGCUGACUGAGCAGAAUUCGCUAAAGAAUAAAUAUGCUGAUGUGCCAAAAAUCAUCCCAGAUGCACCAAAACUGAUACGUAAAGACAGCCUGUCUGCCAAGUUAUGAUGAAUACAUAUCCUCAGUGUCAACACAAGGUGAUGAUGUCGUAAACAAAAUGAACAAUGAUGACAUAUAUAACUAUCAUACUUAUAGAUGAAGUUCCAGACUGCACCAUAAAAUUAUAUAUACCAGUGAUAUGAAGAGAUAGAUUCUGAACUUUAAAAAACUUAAACUGUAUACUUUAUAUUCAUUAAACAUUUGUAAACACUAAUAUGUUAUAUUUUAUGAUAUUUUUGUCAAUAAAAAACUUUCAAGUUUUUAAUAAUCAUGUUUUUGAUGAUAAAAACCUUGAUAUCAAACAGAUAAGUGUGACAUUAUACCACAAGCAACCAUCUUCGCCUGAUUCAUAAAGCAUUGCAGUGUUAAGUGAUGAAAAUGCGAUAUCUCAGUCUAGGCAAAUGAACCUCAUUCAUACCCAAAUCACAGGUUGGAAUCUCUAAUCGGUCGCAGUGAAUACCAUGUGCUUGGCACAUGUUACAUCAGUCUAGUUUCAUGUUUAAGGAUCAAUGUGAGGCCACACUUGGUACAAUUGGUAUACCCACAUAAUGACGCCAUUCAAAAUAUUUUGAAAGAGAUUAAUGUUAGUGAUUUCUAAUUAUAUAGACACUAUUGUACAGAUGACAUGACUUGAUGACACUGAACGAUGUUGUCUUAAAUCAUAACGGCAGUUUUCAAAGUACAUCAUCUGAAAUUAUCAUAUUUAUGCUAUUUCUAGAUGUCUCAAGAAAUGUAGACAUAAUAUGAACAUAAAGUGCUCAUUAAUUAUAUUCUAAACAUCAGAAUAUUAACCUACAAUCUGAUGUGCAAAUUUUAAAAUGUUUAGUUCGAAAAUUUUAAUGGAGUUCAAUAGGAAAUAGCAAAAAUGCCAAAACUUUAAAUAUAGCAUGAUUCUAAAACAAUCAUAACUGGAAUAUUAAAAUGUCCAAAUGUUUUGAUUUUUGUACAUUUUACAAUCAAAAUAUAGUUUUACACAAUGUUUUGCUCAUAAGACACAAUAUAUCAAAUUAAGACUAAAAUAUUCAACCAGGCAAAGAAAGAGAUGAGGUACAGUGUGCGUUCAGGAAUACAUGAAUUCCCCAAUUUUAUUGAUAAUCAGACUAAGAAAACAGUGACGCAGCUACAUGAUAUACUAUGUAUCCAAGGUACUCAAAGGUGUACACUCAGUUUUUGAGAAAAUAGUAUUCUGUAAAACAUAAAUAAAAUCCAGAAUAAAAAUAGAUAUGUA